GUUAGCGUAAAUUGAGUAUGUCAAAUUUUGUUGCUGCUAUUGCGAAUUAAUGGCGCAAAUUUAUCCAUUGCCCACUUUACGUAAUUGAACAAAAUGUCAAACACACAGCUGUCAAGAGUACUUUCGUCGCUAUACGCGUUAACAGGUCGUUUUUCUUCACCGGUAUCCAAGCUUGCUUCAUCGACAGUGUCGCGGUUUCAUUCCACUGAUUCAACUGACAGUGGCCAAAAAUCAAAGCGAAAAAAGGGAAAGACACCUUCCGGUCGCCUUGACGACAAGUGGGAGCAGGAGGAUGUGGAGUCUGUGGAGCCAUACCAGGAGAAGGAACCACUGGAGAGGUUUCCUGAUGAUAAAAACCCGGUGACUGGUGAAAUAGGGGGUCCACGCGGGCCAGAACCCACGCGCUAUGGGGACUGGGAGAGAAAAGGCCGAGUGUCAGACUUUUAGCAGUUUCCGUGGAAAGGGAAUGUUGAUUGAAAUACUAAUACAUUGAGGAGCAUACAGAUGUUCUUUGAUCGUUGUGCUUUAGUAUUUGUUAUACUGAUCAAAGUUAUUGAAAUGUUUCAACGAGAACAGAUUUUGAUUUGGUGAGUUUGAACAUGUCACCCGCAGGGUCACUGUUCAUUUAAAAUAUCUGUAUAGCUUUGAUAAUGUUUACUUGCUGAGGUGUGCCGCAUUUAGUUAUGUUGUCUAUAGAUCAUGUGAGCAGUGUUGACGAGUAAUUGUGAAAAUAAAUGGUUCACUUGA